CCCCCCCCGGACAGGUUGUACGAACAUAACAUCGGCAUCACGAGAACCCGAUUAUCACCUUGAACCGCGACUAGACGAUCUCGCCUAUUCUAAGACUCGUUUAUCUUCUAUGAUCAUGCAGCUUGACGGUCUCCGGUAAACCGCCUUAACCCCAGCUUCACCUGGCCGGCAAUCCCCUCAAGACCUUGCCACAGCUGCAACGGCCCUUGAUUUCGUCAUCUUUCCUCGUACCUGGUGUUGAUUUUAAACCCUUUCACGUGCCGUCUUCGUCCCUUGGCGGCUUCCAAGAUGGCAUCUGGCUCGUCAAAUGGCCGUGUGAUGGAGUCACGAACUGGUAGAAGCAAACAGCGGUACAACUCGAGUGGUGAACGAUUAGUAGCUGGAGUGGUGCCUCUUUCGGAGGACAGAGCAUACGUCCUGUUAAUCCAGUCGACUCGGCGGAAAGGUUGGGUCCUCCCCAAGGGAGGCUGGGAGUCGGACGAAGAAUGCACAGAGGCUGCCGAGCGCGAGGCUUGGGAAGAAGCCGGCAUAGUCAUCCGGAUCGAUUAUGACCUAGGCGAGGUCAUUGAUUCGCGCCCGCCGAAGAAGCUCUCUAAGGAUGCCCCGAAAUCCUUGUACCGCUUUUACGAAGCUACGGUCUUGUCAGAGGAAAAAAACUGGCCCGAGAAACACAAGAGAGAACGCCAAUGGUUCACGUAUUCGAAAGCAAGAGAAGCUCUUUCCGACCGGCCAGAACUCCUACAGGCUCUGGAACUAUCCACCAUGAAUAGAUCCUAACGGCCCCGUGUUCGUCCAGGGAACCACGAGGAGCACCACACGACACCUUCUCGAUAGU